AUUUAUUUUUUGGUUAAUAUUUAAUUUGAAAUAUUUAUUUAUUGGGUUAAGCUUAUAUUGGUCGUCAUAAUUAACCAUCGUCUUCCUCUUUCGCAAUUACAACUCCCAAUCUUCCCCUUUUCUUUGAUCCAAUCAACCAUCCAUGGACGAGAUUGAACUGAAAACAGCACCUGCCGAUUUUCGGUUCCCUACAACAAAUCAAACUAGACACUGUUUCACCCGUUACAUUGAAUUCCACAGGUGCUUGGCAGCAAAGGGUGAAGAGUCUGGCGAAUGUGAGAAAUUCGCUAGAUAUUACCGUUCUCUGUGCCCUGGUGAAUGGGUUGAAAAAUGGAAUGAGCAAAGGGACAAUGGAAAUUUCCCAGGUCCUCUUUGAUGCUACUAUAUGAUUUGGCAUGGAAAUUUCGGAUUGUUUUUGUUUUCAUUGAAAUUAGUUGCAUGACAAUUUUUGUUGAAUUAAUGUUAAUAAGGCAACAAUUUGGAUUUCAUUAAACUUGUUGGAAGUUUAUGCAUGGCAUGGACAAAAUUGUUCAUGAAUUUAAGAUGAGCUUAACUGCUUUGUUUGAUCUUUUUCAA